GGCCCAUCCUCGGGAUCCAACGCCCUCGAGGAGAAUGUCGAAAAGGAUUCUCGUGCACGGCGACGUGAUCAGGUCAGACGGGCGCAAAGAACCCAUCGCGAUCGCAAAGCAAUCUACAUCAAGACGCUCGAGUCGGAAGUCGCCAAAUUACGCGCGAAAGACGCUGCACAUGACACCGAAAUCCAUGCGCACAAGCUCACGAUUCGUCGCUUGAAGGAACUGAUCAAGUAUCACAACAUCGUCUUACCAUUGGAUUUGGCAUCAGACCCACAUGUCCGGAGCCCCCAGGCGACCAUUGAGUUGGUGGGAUCGCCCGAUCAUGGACAGAUGAUUCGUGCGCAAUUGCCCGAAUUAUAUUCGUACACAGGCCAGAUACCUGGUGCGGGUAUAACUUCUGGUGCGGCCCCUGCCUCGAUGGCUGAGCCGAAUGUGAACAUGAACAUUGCGGAGUCAGGUCAAUUGCUCGCUGAUAUGACCAUCUUCGACACGUUUGGAACACAGCGAGGACCGAAUACACAUACCCUUGCGGGAACUUCGAUAGCAAUGCCACAUCCUAACGACGUGGGAACGACACAGACGGGUGUAGAUUUCGUCCUCGCGCUGGAGCAUGUCUGCCUUGAACACCACGCUGUGCAUAGCGUCGAUAUGGAGGGGACAGGGCAUGAGAUGAUGCUGAUGAGCCCGAUCAUGAGAUGCUCGCCGCCGCUGGUGCAGACGACGCACGCGGGCUCAGGGUUGCCGGAUGGCACAAAGUGGAGCGUGCCCGCGGCAGAACUGGAGAAACUGCUGGAAUGUGCGGACCGAUUGAGUCUGGAGGGAGAGAUGACGCCCGUCGAGGCCUGGCAGAGGAUACGGCUGCAUCCAAAUUUCAAGAGUUUGACGAGAGAAGGAUUGGAGGAGAUCAAGACCAGGCUGGUGCCUGAGGUCAAGUGCUACGGAUUUGGCGCCGUCAUUGAUGGGGCGUACUUUGACUCGAUUGUGCUGCAGAUACUGGGGUCGUCACAGGUGUCGCUGUGAUGCAGUGUGAAGGGAGUCUGGUCGUUGUGGAUGUGCCUCUUGUCGUGUCACAGUGUUUCUCAAACUCUUGAGGGUGGCAGUCGACAACCCGGACACUCUCCAGAAACCGUAUGCUAGGCUAUGGACUGGAUGGACCUUGUAG